AUGAACUAUUACAUGUAUCGCCGCAUCUGGCAAGAAGGGGGAAAUGCAAUGGGCAGAAAGGUCUUCUGGCCUAAACCAGUGGCGUGGGUGAGCUUCCUCAAUGAAAGCAGCGGCCAGAUUUCAGUGAGUACUGUAUUCGUUUUGCGGCGCAGAGGAGAGAUGGACUUGGAAGAGAUGCAAGAUGAAGAGCUGUCGGUGGCCGAAAUGCAAGAGAUGAUGGCCGCGAUCACGGGGACCUCCCGGUACACGGCGCAGAGGGAGAAUCACCCGAGGCCCAUUAGAGAGGUGUCCGCUGCUGCAAGUGCAGGUGAUCUGGCUAAGCUUAAGGGGUUGGUUGAUGGAGGGCCGAGGCUCGACAAGGAAGAAGAUCUGAGGGAGUCUGCUCGAGCGGGGCACCUCGAGGUGGUGCGGUAUCUCAUGGGGUAA